ACAAACAUCCAGAAACCAUCAAUAAUACCGAUUCCUAUAUGUAAAAAUGUUAGUAACUCAAAAGUCAAAUUGAGUCCAAUCUCAAAAAUGUCACAAGUUUCAUCAAAAACAAUGGAUCAAGAUACAAUUAAAAAAAUAGAAUUAAUACUUAAUCAGAAAGAACAAUCAUUAAUUCCAUUAAAUUUAAAGAUUUCAAAAGAAAUAACUAUAACCCAUAUCAAUGAUACAAACAAUAAAAUAAUAUCAAAGUUAAAAAAAUUACCUGAUAUUAGUAUUGAUUUAAUUCAACCUGAGCCAGUUUUUAAAGUUCCUGAACCUCCAAAACUUAAAACAAAAAAUACUAAAAAUAAUAUCACACCAUCUAAUGUAUUAAAAGAUAAAAGAGCUAUUCAUAAUAGUAUACUUAAAUCAAACAUGAAUUUAAAUUCGAGUGAAACUUUAAAACAAAAAUCAAAUCAAAUAUUUAAUAAAACUUCAUUGAUUACAAAAACUUCAGAUAAAAGAAUUUCAAAGAAUUCAGAAGCUUCUAAUAAAAUAUAUUCAAUCUCGGAAAAAGAAAAUAUACAACGAACUAGUUCUCCCAAAAUUCUAUCAAAAAAAAUACAAAGUUCUCAAAUGAUUAAAUCAAAAAGUUUACAAACUAAAAAACCGGUAGAAGAAACAUCAAAUAAUAGUAAAAUUUUCACUACGGAAGUGAAACCGGUAGAAAAAGUAUCUAAAGAAAUAAUCAAAAUACCCCAUAACGCUAUAGUCACAGAACUUAAAACCAACAAAUUGGCUAAUGAAAAUUAUAUGCUUAUGGAUUUAUCAUCUAAUGGUGAAUUUAAUAUCGUUCCAGCAUCUUUUAUUUUAGAUUUUAAUAAUGACAGUGAUCCUGAGUAUAAACAGUUUUUAAUGGGAAUUAAUAAAUCACAUCUGAACAGUAAUAUGGACAUGGAAAGUUAUCAAAAUGACACCGAAAAAGAAUUAUCAAUAAUUAUUGAAGAGCCGGACAUGUUUUCAGAUUUUAUAAGAUGUAUCAACACUUCAAUAAAUAUUAAUAAUGAAUUCAAUGAUAUAGAUUUAGAGUUAGAAUCUCAAUCUUCUUAUAGUAGAAAUUCUUCUCUAGGUAUUACAUUUGAACAAUUACAUAUAAGCAACGAAAAAGAAGAAAAUAUAAUGGAACAGAUCGAAGAUAAACAAAACUUUCAUUUUUAUAAUCACACUUCAAAACAGCCAUCUCGUCGACAUAAUGAUAUGAAUCAAACAACGGACAUAUUUAUUAAACAAAAAGACAAUCAACUGUUCCGAAAAAUGACAAGCUAUUUUUGUAAUAAUUUGAUAGAAAACAUACCUGAAGUUGAAAACAAAUUAAUAGAUUUUAACAUACAACAAAAACAACCAAAUAGUAUAAAAGAUUCAACAUAUCUUAAGUCUGAUGAAAAUCAAAAUAUUUAUAAAAGAAAAAAAAAA